AUGGAAGAUCGGAUCUUUCAUGAAGACGACAGUCUUUUUCAGGAUUUGAGUUUCGAUUUCCUGCAACAAGACGAUGCACUCUUCUCCACUCGACAUUUCUGCACUAGUGUCUCCACGCAGGGCAUCUUGUUGCAAGAUGAGCCUGAUGCCUUCUUCACCGGGGAUAUCCUGAGCAUUUGGGAUGAAAUGGAACAAGGAACCUAUCUGUCCCAUCAAAAGAGCGACAAAGAUAGCGAUGAGAAUGCGCAGAAGUUGGAGAUUGGCAAGGCCAUGGAGCUGCAGCGCCGCCGCCCGAGUGGGCAUGGAUCAGAGGCGAAGCCACUGACGUUCGAGCUUGUGUCACAGUACUUCUGCAUGCCGAUCAAGCAGGCGGCGCGGGAGCUCAACGUCGGGCUCACGCUUCUGAAGAGGCGAUGCAGGGUGCUGGGCAUCCCGCGGUGGCCGCACCGCAAGAUGAAGAGCUUGGACACUCUCAUCAGGAGUGUUGAGGAGAUAGGGGAACAAACUGGCCAACUCAAAGACAAGGCUAGGAAUGCAGUGGAGAUGUUACAGCAGAAGAAGAAGUUGAUCGAGCAAAAACCUGAUGUUGAGCUGGAUGACUGGACGAAGACGUUAAGGCAGAUGUAUUUCAAGAAAAACUACAAGAGGAGGGUCCUGGCGAUUGAAAAAUGAAAGGGGAUGCAUCAGGAUGUCUUUGCUUGUCGAUGGCAACAUCAGGGCAGUGAAGGCAAUCAGGGUAUUUUGACUGAUCAAAUGUGUAGUAAGUAAUUUCUAGUCAGGCAUUUAGGCGUUAGGCAGAAAAGUAGGAAUGUUUGCUGUAUAUACCUCUUUUCUAGCCAACUUUCCGCUGAUUGUAGCGAUAGUAGUAUUAACUCUGUUGACAGAUACGAUAUGCCGUGUGAACAAUGGCUGCUCUUAGUUAUGAAAAUGAAGGUGGUAUCUUUUGGUGCACAUUUGUUUGGU